UUUUUUUUUUUUUUUUUUUUUUUUUUUUGUAAGACUAGCCACUAUUUCCCCAUGUAUGAUAACUUCCUACGUCUCGAAGAACAGAACAGCAAACACUGAACUCUUCAUAUUCAAUACCUCAUGAUGUCGGAUAUCAACCUCGCUGAGAUUCAGGCAUCUCUCGUGGCCGUAGCCUUUGAGGCCGGUCGCAUGAUCACAGGCGCCAACAUGGACGUGACCAAGAUGGACACAAAGCUCAAUUCCGUCGACAUCGUGACCGAGACGGACCAGGCCAUCGAGAAGAUGGUUUCCACCAAGCUUCGUGCCGCAUACUCGUCGUUUGACUUUAUCGGCGAGGAGACGUACGUACCCGGCACCACCAAACUGACCGACCGACCAACCUUUGUGGUGGACCCGAUCGACGGCACCACAAACUUCAUCCACGGCUUCCCCCACGCAUGCAUCAGCCUGGGCUUCGUGGUCAACCGCGUGCCCAGCGUCGGCGUGGUGUACAACCCGUUCCAGGACGAGAUGUUCACCGCGGUUCGCGGCGAGGGCUCGUUUUUGCAGCGCAACGCGUCCCUCGCCGCCUCGGGCAUCACCCUGCCCGACGGCGCGGCGGCCAAGCGGCGGCUGCCGCUGAGGACCGCUGAUCCCAAGACGGCGCCCCCGCUGGGCGGCCUGUCGACCGCGCUCAUCGCCGUCGAGUGGGGCUCCGAGCGGGACGGCAACAACUUUGACCUCCGGGCCCGCGUGUUCCGCGACCUUAUGGCGUCGCAAAAGGCCGGCGGGCGCAUGGCCCACUCGCUGCGCUCGCUCGGGAGCGCCGCGCUCAACAUCUGCGCCGUGGCGGCCGGCCAGCUCGAUGCGUACUGGGAGGGAGGUUGUUAUGCCUGGGACGUCGCUGCAGGGUGGUGCAUCCUCGCCGAGGCCGGAGGCAUCAUGGCCAGUGGGAACCCUGGCGACUGGGAGCCGGCCAUCGAGUCGAGAAAGUACCUUGCCGUCCGGGGCGCGACGUCGGGGCAGAAGGAGUUUGUGGAAGAGUUAUGGAGCGUCAUUGGAGAUGGAGUCAUGCAUUACACGCAUUAAGGCGGGGUGUUGUUGGCAAUGGUAUGGAGGAUGUGACUAUUCUAGCUGCUCUCGAAAUGCCAUGAUCUGAAGCAGCCGGCUUAGACAUACGGUUAUAAAAAGAUAUAGAGGGUUGGCAAGACAUGACCUGAAGUCCUCCGUGAUGUGUUUUGCAACACACCUGUCUAUUUCCAGGGCUUCGGAGAAUAGUGAGUUAUGUUGAUGAAGUCAAAAAGGGAAAGAGCUCAUUAUAACAUAACCAAAGACCCGUACAUACGUCAACCGUAUGAGAAGGAACUUUUCUCCACUGGUUUAGAGUCUGCGGCUCAAAUGGGGUAGUUAGGUACCUAAAAAAGCUGCCUGUAGCACAGAGAGCUAACCGACGUCGAAUCACUGGUCAAUCUGGCGUUGGUAACAAACGAAGAGCCUCUGGAUGGUGGAUUGAUUGAUGGAUAUAUCCGUAUGGGUUCGUCGGUCGCCACCACCAUUCAUGUUCAUAUAUUUAAUUAAUCCCGAUUUCUUGCAGCGGCUUGGCCCGUUUAGCAAUCCCUGCAAAAGCGAUCGCGGGGGUGUGUACAACAUCCACUAACGGAAGAUUCCAUCUAGACUAA